AUGUCGGCAGUUCCAGCAAAAAGUUCGCCUCGAGAUGCGCAGGUUAUGGCGGCUAUAUUGAAAGAUAUGGGCGUCACAGAGCAUGAGCCAAGACUCAUAAACCAAAUGCUAGAAUUCACUUAUCUCAUUAUUUGUGUAAAUUAUUUAUUUCAGCUACUGCUGGAGAUUGCCAGACACAAGAAUUCACAGUCUCUUCCUCUGAUCAAACCAUAUACUGGUCCCCGGCUACCUCCGGACAGAUAUUGUCUCUCGGCUCCAAAUUACAAACUUGUCAGCAAUAAGAAAAAAUUACACCGAAUUCCAAUUGGUUUGCCAGUUAGUUCAUUGUCAGGUGGUCAGAGAAUCUCACUUACACAAGUACAAAGACAGUCAACAGGUAAGAUCCAGAUAGGUACGCCAACUCAACCGCUUACAGUAAUUAACAGACCAUCACAAGUAAAGCCUAUAGUACGAGUUCAACAAGGUCAAGGGUUAAUGCAAGGUCAAGUAAGUUCUGGUGGUAGCUUGGUACAGACACAAAUAAUGGGCACCAAUCAGCAGGUAACCAUGGUACCAGCCCCAGGCGGACAGACACUUUUACAAAAUAUCAACCCUCUCAAGAGAAAAAUAGACGAUGACUAUGAUACUUGAUGUUAUAUUGUUUUGUAUUGUUUUCAUUUUCAUAUCAUUUUUACAUCAUAUAUUAUUUACUUUAAGCAUUUUCAUGAGUGUAUCAUUUACAUUUGUACAUAAAUAAAUUACAACAUUUUGUAAAAUAG